GGCACCUAUGAAGCCUCGGAGAAAAAGCUGCCAACCCCUCAGUUUGAUUCACUUCCUGUAGUCAGACUCCUUCCCCAAAGUGGAGAGAGGGGGGAACGGGAAAGGGAAGAAAUCUUUCUAUUGUAAAUACGGCUCUGUGAGGAGCAGCAAGCAACUCCUCGUCUCUGCAUAGCUUUUGUAGUUUGUGUCAGGUCAUCGCGCACGGCAGCGUUUCAAAGACAGAAAACCUUUUGCGUAAAAACAAAACUGUGCGCUACACACCCGAAUCCAUGCAUGGUACGGAUGGUACAAGUUUUGACGUCCACCGCCGACUCUUUCACUGAUUCCACACACCGAGUUUGGAGACACUGUACGCUGUGAGACUCCGGGAGUUCAUGUAUUGGAAAAAUGAAGUUUUGUCCCCUCUGUCAGAGGGAAAUAACAUUCUAUCCGAAGGAAUUCCCACGAAGCAGGUGAUCUCUACGGAGCAUCAGAGUACACCGGGAGCCUUGCGCUGCGUGGACUCUAAACACACGCCAAUGUCUCACUCGGACGGAGAGUCCCAGCGGUCCAACAUGGAGCGGGAGGACACUCGCUCGUCUCCGAGCACACCAUCCACUCCUUCCGUGUGCUCGCCGACCUCCACCACCAGCUCGGUGCCGUCCACGGGGAAGAAUAUGUGCGCCAGCUGUGGUCUGGAGAUCCUGGACAGAUACUUACUGAAGGUGAACAACCUCAUCUGGCACGUGCGCUGUCUGGAGUGCUCCGUCUGCAGGACGUCGCUACGUCAGCACAGCAGCUGCUACAUCAAGAACAAAGAAAUCUUCUGUAAAAUGGAUUAUUUCAGUAGGUUUGGUACUAAGUGUGCCCGCUGUGGGCGGCAGAUAUACGCCAGCGACUGGGUGCGCCGCGCAAGAGGAAACGCAUACCACUUGGCAUGUUUUGCGUGCUACUCAUGUAAGAGGCAGUUGUCCACAGGAGAGGAGUUUGGCUUGGUGGAGGAGAAGGUCCUGUGUAGGAUUCACUACGACACCAUGGUGGAGAACCUCAAACGAGCAGCUGAGAGCGGCAAUGGCAUCACAUUAGAAGGGGCAGUUCCAACAGAACAGGACAGUCAGCCCAAACCAGCCAAAAGAGCACGUACAUCAUUCACUGCUGAACAGCUACAGAUCAUGCAGGCUCAGUUUGCCCAGGACAACAAUCCAGAUGCGCAGACGUUACAGAAGCUAGCUGAUAUGACAGGUCUCAGCAGGAGAGUUAUACAGGUGUGGUUUCAAAACUGCAGAGCAAGACACAAAAAGCACACGCCCCAGCACAGUGGGGCUCCACAAGGUCAUCCCCAGUCCAGGAUACCCUCGUCCAUGCCCGAUGAGUUGCAUUACUCCCCCUUUGGUAGUCCUGAGCGGGCGCGAAUGGUGUCCCUUCACGGGUACAUCGACAGUCAUGCCUUCUCUGUGCUGACCUCUCAGAGUCUCCCUCACCAGGCCAUGUCGUUGCCCCAGCUCCCCCUCAGCCGCUAGCACUCCGCUAUGACCCCUGUGACCCCUAACCUCUGGACCCUAACCUUUGAUCUCCCACCAAUGACGUCUGACAGGAGUCAGCUUGGAGAAAAGAUUAAUCUUACAGGAGCCCUGCCCACUCGGAAAUAGAAAAAGAAAUUGAAGAAAGCUGAAAAAAAGCCGAACUUCCAUCCAUCGUUAUGUUUUAUUUUCUGAGGACAGGAAUCCGACCUGCAGCCAGUCUGUCAAUAUGAUAAUGAAACAUUAAUCACUGGCAGGAACUCACUAACUGUAUUUUACACCACCUAAAGGACCUAUUUUUGCUUCACAAGUACAGAAUCCUCCACUCUACUCAUCCACCAACUGACUUGAAGGUGGAGGGAGUUUUAAAGGGAUGACGCUGGUCAAGGAAGCAGGACUGCAGCCUCUUGUGUGCUGUCAGAAUAUUGAAGAUAAACAAGGAGGGGAAAAUUUAAAGGGGAAACUGUCAUUGUGGCCCAAAAGGCCAGGCACACACAAUAGACCACAUUAGAGGUAAGACGCCUCCCUCUUUCUUCUCUAAGCAACCAUGAAGGAAGCCUAAAUGGAAAUGAAAUAUGUUCAUAAAUGACUCAUUUCCUUUAGGAAAUACACAGUGACUUUAUGAUGUCUCAAAAAACACUUCCCAGCUACAUUUCUUGUCAGUUUUCCAUUGAAAUGAGGGGCAGAAUUCGAUUGAAUCUGUCAUUUUGUCAAAGAAUGAAAAUAAUGUGUGCCUUAUCCUUUCCGUUAUUUAAAUAAACUGUAGUUGUUUACAGCUAAUUAAAAUUCCAGCCUGUAAUUCAUCACUGUGUAGAACAAAUUAUAAGAACUUUAAAUCUUCCAGUUAUAGAAAAUCAUAAAUGUAUUGCAGCACUGCUUAUCAUGAAGGCAAUCACAAAGCACAGUGUCUGGGCUUGUUUUUAUUAAAUUAUGGCUGUAACAGAUAAGCCUACAGAUUUAAGGCUGCCACAAACCUCUUACAUCUCUUUACCCUGAGAGAGGGAAGUCUGAGAUAGCCAAACUACACAUUCCUAUAAAAUCCGAGCUGUUAUAAGUUACAUAUUUUCAUAUUUCCAAACAGCUAUGUGGUCACUUAUUUAUGAUUUUAACGAUGCUUGUUCAGCCUCUCUGUGUAAGUGAUUCUUUUACAAAAUGUGGGAAUUGGAGUACUGGUACAAUAUUGACAAAAUGAAAUAGCCUGGGUUGUACAUAGUAAGAUGUGUGUGUGUGUGUGUGUGUGUGUGAGAGUGUUUCUAUGUAUGUGUGUGUAUUGGCAGGGGUAGAGUGUGUGCAUCUGUAUUUUAGUGCCAUGACCAUUGUGUGAAGAACAGGAUCCAACAAGACCUCAAUGUCCUUGUAUUUAUUGAGAUGGUAAAUCCCUGUAAAGCACUUUUUCCCUCUGAAAUGGUUUUGUUUUGUUAAAAAAAAAUACA